AAUUAGCCACUAGUCAAGCCGCUGAAACGGUAGCCAUUACGACAAUUGAAAACCUUAACAACCAGAUUAAAAACCUUACUGAGGAUAAUAGACUGCUUAAUGAGGGAAAAAAAGCCGAAAGCAAGAAAGUAGACCAAGCAAAAAAAGAGGCGGGAGAGGAAAUUAGCCAAAAAAACAGCAAAAUAGUCGAAGAACAAAAUAGAGCUAACAAGUUAGAGAAAUCAUUGGAGGAAGAAAAAAAAUUGCGACAAGACCAAGCAACGGAAUUAGCAAGUGAAAGGGUCGAGUUAGAAAAAUUUAAGCAAGAAGUUAAAGAAUUGGGGGGAAUUGCUGACGGAUUAGCCGAGGAGUUAGAAGCAUUAUAG